GACAACGAAACGUUCAGAAGGAUAGUCAGCUCUCAUAAUAAGGGACAGAACAUGGUUUCGUCUCGGCCCGCUCCAAAACUGCUAGUUACCCCGGGGUCCACUUCCCCGGGAGGCAGUGAGAUAGACCGAUGAUGUGACUUCUGAUCAGAAAACCAAUUGCGUUGAUUUCGUUACUAGGGUCUAUCCUCACUCAAGAUGGGAGCCUACCGUUACGUGCAGGAAUUGUACCGCAAGAAGCAAAGCGAUGUGAUGCGCUAUCUGCUGCGUGUCCGCGUCUGGCAGUACCGCCAGCUGACCAAGUUCCACCGUGCCCCGAGGCCAUCGCGCCCGGACAAGGCCCGUCGCCUCGGGUACAAGGCCAAGCAGGGCUUCUCGAUCUUCCGCAUCCGGGUGCGCCGUGGUGGCCGCAAACGCCCAGUCGCCAAGGGUUGCACUUAUGGCAAGCCCAAGAGCCACGGUGUCAACGAGCUGAAGCCAUACCGCUGUCUGCAGUCCGUUGCUGAGGAACGUGUCGGCCGUCGCGUUGGAGGUCUCCGUGUGCUGAACUCCUACUGGGUUGCUCAGGAUGCCGCCUACAAGUACUACGAGGUCAUCAUGGUCGACACCGCCCACAAUGCCAUCCGUCGGGACGCUAAGGUUAACUGGAUCACCAAGGCCGUGCACAAGCACCGUGAACUGCGUGGCCUCACCUCCGCUGGCAAGAGCAGCCGUGGAUUGGGCAAGGGCUACCGCUACGCCCAGACCAUCGGAGGAUCCCGGCGGGCAUGCUGGCGCCGUCGCAACCGUCUGCACAUGCGCCGUUACCGUUAAGCUGGUCGUUGCUAAUCCUGCUGCAGCUGCAGCGGCUUAGUAAUUACUUCUACUACUGCAAAUGGAUACAGUUUGUAAAAAUUACAUCAAUAUACAAAAAGCUUUAAGGUCUAA